AUUCGCAACGGAAAACAAAAACAAAUGUUUCGUAUUCUUAUCUUAAGUUCAGGUGGUCCCUCUACAUCGGCUUUCAUUUCGUCCCUUGUGAAUAAAACCCUGGUUUGAUUCAAUUCAAGUUAGAGAUAUGACACUGAACAGAAGGCAACAUGUCCACUAGAGGGAAUUCUCUCCUCAUAUUAAAAUGCUGAUGCAUUUACAGAUGGGUCUGUUGUUGUGUUUAUAACAAUGCAAUCCAUCUAAACUCUCCACUCACCAUAUUUUUUGUCUAACACAUUAAACCAUUGAAAUUAUAAUAACAUAUAUAUAGAAUUGUAUUCAAUUUAGAAUUCUAAAUUAGACUGCAGUAAUACAUGCCGGUGUGGUUGACUGAUGUCCGAUGUAUACUAUUUCCUGUCUUUAUAAGUAGAUGUCAGACUGAGACAGACAGCAGUACACAGCCAGGUGUGGUGAUGGUGAUGUCACUGCUGAGGUGUUUUCUGUUGUUCCACUUGUCACUCAAUGAACUGUCAACAGCAGCAGAAACCAUCCUUAGGGUGAAUACAGGGGCGCAGUUUACCAUGAAUUGCUCCACCACUCUAAAAGACCAGGAUGGAAUGUACCUGUAUGUUGGGCUGGACAAGGACUUUGAGGUGCUGUAUUACCACCAACGUGACUCCAAGCUGACCCCCAGGAAAGGCUACUGGGACAGAGUGACGACUGAUGGACCUGUGCACCAAUUGACCAUCACCAUCAGUAAACUGACCAUAGAGGACACAGGAGUCUACUGGUGUGUUUACACAAAAUUCAAUGAAGCCAGAUUCGACAAUGAUAUCAACCAAGGAAGAGGCUCCACUCAGGUCGUGGUGAAUGACAAUGCCCUACAGCUGCCAUGCCCUACAGCUACUGCGGUAACGCUGACCCCCUUUCACCCAGCCGACGAGAAGCCGUGCUUAUCUGGCUGGGUAAACAUCAUCACCAGCAUCUUGACCAUCCUGCUGUGUGCUGUCAUCUUCCUCAUCUGGGUCGCUCCUCAGGUGAAGAGGUGCUGUAACCAGGGAGGAUACACACCCCAGGUCUUUCCUGACUCGAUCUAUGUAGACAUGGCCAGGAAUCACACUUCUCCACCAGACACUCAGCUAGUAGAAUCGAACCCCUAUUCUGUGUCUACCAAAUGAGGACAUAGGACCGCUUCUUGAAAUGCUUUCUCUGAAUAUUGCUUCUUUGCUUUCUCAGAAUUGAAAAGCCUGUUCUGCUGUAUUUCGCAGUUCUAGCCUCAGUGCAAGUCGUAGUGGUAAAUUGUCUGUGUGUGUGCGCGAGUGUGUUGCACCAUACCAUGCGUAUGUGUGUGAAUAAAAUCUCUAUAUGGACA